AUGAACCAAAGGCUUGCAGCAUAUGUCGUGUUAGCUGUGACUUCCAGUAUUGUGCUUUUAGCGAUAACCUCGUUCAUUUACAUCAGGUACAACCACAUAGACACGUACUACUGGUCUUGGGUACUGUUAGCACCAACCAUGUUUUGGCUCUGGGUUGUGGCUGCCUGGUGUGAUGCCGAAAUGUUUAAGAACUCUAAGCCAAAUUUAUAG